AUGCACGCGGUCUACGACAAACUCAAGCGUUGUGUUUUCCCGGACGCAUCCCCUCCGCGCCCGCUGUCUCAUGUCUGGGACCUCCGCGCCGCCAAUCAUUUCACGACGGCUUUGGCUGGUACUGGAAUGACUCCUUUGACGGCUUCUCAACGUUCAAUGCAAUCCUCUGCGGUCGAAGCACAAGUCCUUCGUGCUCAGAGUGCAGCUGCCGAGGCACAGAACCAGACGCUCAAACACGACAAGAAGGUAUGGCGAAAGGACUAUUUGCGCUCGAAAAAGGGGAAUGUUCUUCGUAAGCCUAGAAACGAUUCGAAAGGGCAUAAACCUGGAAAUAAGAAGGGCGCGAAUAAACUCCGUAAGUCUAGGGAUAAGGGGAUCGCCUUGACGUUUUGA